UUCUUCUAAUGUGGUGCAAAUUGCCACAUAAAUAAAAAACGUAAAAAUAAUGAACCUUGGUUUCUUUGUCUUUCAGAGUUGUGAAGGAGGUUAUCUCUAAAGAAUUGAGACAACAAUAAUGGAGAAACAGCAAGAAUUAGAGUGGGCUGAAGCCCAGAAAAUUAUAAUAAGUGAAGACCUUUUGGUCAAAGCAAAACAACAGCUUCUGUUUCUGGCAGAAGUUGAUAGGAAUCGUUGCCUCUACGGUGGCUCAGUUUUAGAGCGAGCUACUUUCAGGUAUAAAUAUUGCUGGCUUCCUUUACUAGCCAAACAUGUAGAGACACCAAUGACACAAGAGCCUUUGGUAGUGCCUCUUGAUUGUGAAUGGAUUUGGCAUUGUCAUAGGCUUAAUCCGGUGCGUUACAAGAGCGACUGCAUGGAUCUUUAUGGGAGAAUACUUGAUGAUUUGAAUGUGGUUUCUUCAAUUCUAGGAACCAGCAAUGAGGAAAGUGAAAAAAUCUGGAACACAAUGUAUCCAAGUGAGCCUUAUGAACUUCAUCUGGACAGUGACUCAUUUCAAGACUUUGAUGAAAACUUGUUGGGAGACCCAGAAAGUACCACAAAGUAUGAUUUAAUCUCGGCUGUUAAAAGACAAACUACUUUCUUCUAUCAGGUUUCUAGGCCAUAUUGGAAUGAUGAUACCUUCCUUGAAGGAGCCGUGGCGCGAUACAAGGGGUUUCUGUAUUUGAUCAAGAGGAACAAAGAAAGGUCUAUGCGUCGUUUCUGCGUCCCAACAUAUGACGUUGACCUCAUCUGGCAUUCACACCAGUUGCACCCUGCAUCUUACUGCAAAGAUCUGGUGGCAAUUAUGGGCAAAGUGUUGGAGCAUGAUGACACAGAUUCGGACAGAAGCAAGGGUCAAAAGCUGGAUGUUGGAUUUUUCGAAACCACCAACCAAUGGGAAGAGACAUUUGGAACAAGAUACUGGAAAGCAGGAGCAAUGCACAGGGGUAAUCCCCCAUCUCCUCUUACCUUUGAUAAGUUCAAAGUAGAUGCUAUGCAGAAUGAUUGGACUCCAUCCAAUAAAAACCAGAAUCUGAUUCAGCUUCCACAGAAGAUGCUUGUGGAGGUGAUGCUUGAGAUUGUUGAUGUGAGAGACUUACCAUCUGGGCAUAAGGGUAAACUAGUUGUAUCCUUCAAGAAGAAACAAGAAGAUAUACUUUUCAAUGCUAAGAAACAAUUAAGCAUUUCGUCACAGCCCGAAGGGAAACAAGUUGCUGUCUUCCAAUGCGAAAGCAGAGGCGAGUUGGUCCUUGAGCUCAUUUACCGCCCAUGUGUCAACUUUCGAAUGGUGCGGCCGGCCAAAGUUUUGGGAAAAACUUCAAUAAAUCUCGAGGAUUCGCAAAAUGCAGCAUGUAAACUACCACUUCAGAAGUGGUUAGAUUUGACGUCUGCAGUCAAAUGGUCGGAGCCUAUUAGUAUUUGCGUUGGUCUCUCUUUGACUCCUCCUGUUCCGGCGUCAUACAAGUUGCAAAUGGUUUCCACCCGUCCAUCCAUACGAAGCUAUGCUCCAUUCCUGCCUUGGAGAAAGUUUCAACAAACAAAAAAUUGGACAAAUGUUGUGGAUGAGGCUGGCAACGAGAUCAUAAACAUCCACAGCCGGAACUUGACAACUGAGAAAUCAAACACUAACAUCAAGUUAGAAGUGGUUGGCACAACUGCAUCGGAUGAAACUCAUCUCCUGGCAGAACUAAAGGGAACAACGUGGUCUAUGAUGAACUCCGAUUGGACGUUACAGAGAAAGAAGAGCAGUGAUGAAGAUGAAAAUGUAUUUGAGCUCACAGGCACCCGGAAGGUGAUUAUUUUUCCUGGUAGAAAAUUGGAGUUUGAAACUAGAUACUAUGGAAAUGAAAGAGGAAAUUGCUUUCUUACAGCAGUAGAAUUCUCACCCAAGGAUCCAUAUGGGAAGGCAGUGGCUUUGAUGAAUUUAGCAUAUGGUUUUUUAGAGAUCAAGGAAGAGUGGCUAGUACUCCCUGCGAUAUUGUCUGCAUUUGUUCUCUCUAACUUCCCCCAUUUCAGUGAUGGCAUACAAAAUGGGAAUAAAUAAAAAGGAAAUGAGAAAAGUUGAAGAUAUAUGGAUUCUAGGAAAAUAUGUUUUUCCUCUUGAAAUUUCCCAUGUGAGGCCAUUGGUCCGGAAAUAGCCGCUGAUACCUGAUAAUACAUGUAACCAACUCAAUUGGCAAGCAAAUGACUAAUGCUAUUUUAAACAUCACUUAUUAUAUAAUCUCUUUCAUGUAAAUUCAUGUAAAUAUAUUUCUAUACUUGAAUAUACGCUCAACUUUUUAUACUCAA